AUGGGGAAGAUCAUCUUCUACGAGGACAAGAACUUCUCUGGGCGCCAGUUUGAGUGCAACAAUGACUGUGUGGACCUGCAGACCAACCUCAGCUGCUGCAACUCCAUCAAGGUGGAGAGCGGCUGCUUCAUGAUCUACGAGAAGUCUAAUUACACUGGGAACCAGUACUACCUGAGGAGAGGAGACUAUCCUGACUUCCACCACUGGAUGGGCACCAACGGCUCCAUCAGUUCCUGCCGCUCCAUCCCUGCGGAGCCUGGCUCGUUCAACCUGCGCUUGUAUGAGCGGAUCGAGUUUGGUGGACAGAUGAUGGACCUGAAAGAUGACUGUCCUAGCGUCAUGGACCGCUUCCACAUCAAUGACAUCUUCUCCUGCAACGUGACGCAUGGCAACUGGCUCUUCUACGAGCAUCCCAACUACCGCGGCAGGAUGUACCUGAUCAGACCAGGAGAGUACAAAAGGUUCAGCGAAUGGGGCGGCAGGAGCGCCAGGAUUGGCUCCAUCAGACGCAUCAUGGACUACUGA